UUCAUUUUACUUAUGACAUAAUAGUAAAAAAUAGUAAUAGAUUAGAGUGUUAAUCUCGGCGACAUUUGUGUAUUUAACACAUGCGUGAGUGUGACAUAUCAUAUUUGUAUUGUAUUACAAAUAUUUCAACAUGUUCCGCUAUAAUCGACACGUCAAUUCUACUCUAUUAAAUAAUGCAAUAGACAAUGACAAAUGCACUAAACAAAGGAAAUAGCAAUAAACUACUAUCUCACGAAAAAUAAUAAAAGGAAAGGGACAACGUCGUCACUACCAAUUACGUGGAUGUGAUACAGGAUAGGACUGAAGGUGUCUGUCUCCAAUGGAAAGUGUAUUACGUGUUUGAUAAGAAGAGAAAUAGACAAGAGAAGAGUGAAGACGUUACUCACUUGCAAUAACCUACAUUUAGAUCACGACGCUUACCAUUUUCCGUGUUCUUUACGUCUAUCUUCUUUUGGUUUUAUCAUGACUUUAUAGUAUAUGCACCUAAAAAAGGUUACAAGGUGGUUCCCAUGUCUGAUUCAUGAAUCUAAUUUUUAUGUAGUUACAGUGCAGUUGAUACGAAAAUACCAAGGGCAGAUGAGCUAAAUUGGGUGAAACGAAGUAGAUUCCUAUAGUGUUAUUGAAAGUGUUGGGUAAGUUGGGCUUAUGAUGGGGAAUAGAUUGAUCUUAUUUAAAUAGUCACAUUUGCAAAGGUUGGGCUUCAGCUGCUGUCUUGAAACAGGCCCAUGUUCAAUAUUGCAUAUGUUCAAGGAAGGAUAAUGUCAAGAGACACAUUUUGACCAAUUCAGAGUAUAUACAGUGGAACGUGAGACAAUGACAAUGAAUCCAUCAGAAGUUUGACAUCAAACAUCUCUGUACUACACAUUUUUGAUAGAUACGCUUGCAGGUUUGGUAGUACAACACGUCCGUAGUUUCAUAAAAUGAAUAAUUAUUUUUACAAGACUAAUCUAACUAAUUAUCUGAAAAGUGAAUGUGAACCUGAAGAUUGUUUUGGUAUCAUUGAUACAUGUGCAGCGACCAGUUAUGUUCCGACGACGGCUUUUCUUAUGAAUCAGGUUUUAUUAUAAGUUCUCUUUUCAAAGUUUUUAUUGUAUUUAAUUGGGCAUGGCCUGGGAACAAGUUCUGGGCAUUGACUUUGCAAUGGCACAAAAGUCGAUGCGAGAAGAGAUUCCUCAACGAGGCUACAAAGUUAAUGGUGGUCCUAUCCUUUUGCUUUUUUUUUUCACCCAUCUCUUCUUUUAUGUGAUUAAAUUUCAUACAUUUUAAAUGUAUUUUGACAAUAACUGGAUUUUAAUCCUAGAAAAUAUUAACGAAAAUGAAGAUGCCGUUGUUAAACUUUCAAAAUUAUAAUUUAACAAAGAAAUGAAAAACCCACAAUUUUAAUCAACAUAUACUCCAUUUGUUUUCUAAAAUAAAAUUUUCUAGAAUUUUCAUGUUUAUUAAAAAUAUAAUAAUAUUUACAUUUUAUUUAUAAUUUAUUUUUAAUACAUUUUCUAAUAAAUAUCCACCAAUAAAAUUUAAUCAAAUCAGAUAUUUACAAUUAAUGUUUUUCAAGAAUAUACAAAAAUAUUUUAAAAAUAUAUAAAAUACCCUGGGUUACGGGAACGAAUAAUAGUAAUACACGCUUUCAAACUCUAUAAAAUUUUACUUUCGAAACCGAGGAAGUAUAUUUUAAAACAAACUUUUAUGAACAUUUUACCGUAAACUUAUAUCUCACAAUACAAAUACCCUGGGUUACGGGAACGAAUAAUAGUAAUACACGCUUUCAAAGUAACGACUGGAUGUUAGUAUCCAAUCUAAACUAUUAUUCUAUAUACUUUCAAAUCCAUUUCUCUAGCAAUUUUUCAUGAACUCAAAUAAUAACAUGCAUUAAAAGCUAAACUAUACUAUUAGAUUUUGCAUACAAAAGUUUGCAUUUUUGGAUGAAGAAUUCAAUGCUAAGUUUGACAAAUGAUAAAGAGACAAAUGUGACUUGAUGCCAAGAUUUAUUUGUCUUAUGGUAUUUUGAUUUUAAUACUUGUAUAAGAAAAAACACGAGCAAAAGAAAAAGAAGUUGCUUUUAAAAAAUUUAUUAUUCGAAAGGUAAAACUGUUUAAAAGAAAAAGAACAAAAAAAAGGAAAAGAAGACAACUCACACGAAUCGCCACUUUUGAUAGUAGUAGUCUCUGUAUUAGAGAAGAGACGAGAAGAAAGACAGCUCCUAAGUCCUAAAAUCCCUAACUAACUUUCUCUUUUGCUUUUGCGACCAUGUCCACUGUCUUCGUGCGCUAAUUCUUCUAUGUUUCUUUUUUAAAAAUUAUUCUUCUAUGUUCCUCUUCACUCUUAGUUAGUGAUCUAUCUUUAAUGUGUUAAAAAUCCACAUAAGCAAACGAAAAUUCGGGUUACAUAGCAUGCAAGGCACAUAAAUUUGGAAGAACGAUAAAUCUUGUUCCAUUUCUUUGCCAUUUGAAUGAUGAUGGAUGCAUAUGCAGAGCUGAGAUCGAUCAACUCUAAAAUUUGCAACUAAUGUUUGGAACUCUAGAGAAUGAUAAACAAGAGUUGCAUCUUUUGGUUUUAUACUAAGUUAAAUUAUUUUUUUGCUUCACGUUUCUAAACAUAAUUUCUUGAAAUCAAGUCCAAACAUAUGACUUAUGACUCAAAAACAAAACAAAAGACAAUCGUUUACAAAAUUCUUGUCGAAUCAUUGUAGCAGGUUAGUCACUCUCCAGCUAAUCAUAAAAAAGAGUUAGUUGGGCACUGCCGGUAAUAUGUUUACUUUUUAUUUCCUUUGCUAUCGAAAAGAGUCAUUCACUAUUGAAUAAUAUCUCAAUAGUACUAUUUUUUUUGUCCCACUCCAUAGAACUUUUCUUUACAAAUAUUUACAACAUACAAAGCACAAACACACAUUAAAUCCAAACAAUAAUAGGACAAAUACUAAUAUACAAGCUAACAAAUUACAAAUUGUCUUUUACCAAAAAAGAUAAUUAUUUUACCAAAAAAAGGUUACAAGUAGUCAUAGUAUAAAAAUCAUAUAGCUAUUAUAACUAUAGUUUUUUCAUUGACAAUUGUGAAGAGUUGAUUUAUUUGACCAUUGUUGGUUUUAUAUUUCAGUAUAGACAACGAUUUCAUACUUCAUUUGAUUAAAAAUAAUUUAUUGGGGGUAGUGGUAGAACAUUGAACAAGAAGCUAUACAAAUAACACAAUCUUUCACUUUUGUUUUGUCUCUUCCCCAUAGUAUCUUUGUGGAUUGUCAACGCUCUCUGAAAGAGGUGCCCAAGAAGCUUCCUUUUCACUCUCUCUCUCUCUCUCUCUCUCUUUCUCUCUCCAAUGGCACUACAAAUCUCAACUCUUUAAAAACAAAAAACACUUCUACCAAAGAUCUGUCAUUACCAGUUCACCACUAUCUCUCUUUUCUAUUCUCUCUUCUCUCUUUCUCUGCAUUUACUUAAAACCUCAAAUUCAAUCUUUUUUCCUAGAAAAAUCUCCCUUUUACCUCUCUCUUUUGAAUCCCACUUACCCAAAACCCCAAAGCUCGAAACUUUACACUGAUCUGAAGCCUUAGAAAAAAUGGGAUUCUCAGCUGGGAAACGAAAAUCAAGAGAUGAGCAAGACUACACAGUAACCUUAGCUUCCACCGCUUUCCCCAUGGACGACCUCAGCGACGACGUCCUCGAGAGAGUCCUCUCGUGGCUACCUACUUCCUCUUUCCUCCGCAUGACCUCCGUCUGCAAGAGAUGGAAAUCAACCAAAACCUCAAAAAGCUUCAACCUUGCCUGCUCCCAAGUCCCUCUUCGAGACCCUUGGUUCUUCAUGAUCACUAACGAUUCAAAGUCUUCAACUUUCGUAUACGACUCAACAGAGAACAGCUGGAAAAGCCUCAACCAUAACCGCAACCGCCGCGAUUUCAUUCCAGUAGCUUCCUCUGGCGGCUUGCUCUGUUUUCGCUGCUCUGUUUCUGGUGGCUUCCUCCUCUGUAAUCCCAUCACUGGAUCUUCUCGUGACCUUCCUUCUCCAAUCUCUGAUGAUAACAGCAAACCUCUCCAAGCUGUAGCCAUGACUGCUCUCACUCCCUCCAGCUACAAGCUUGUUACAAUCUCUGGAGAAGCUCCAAACCUCUGUUUCAGGUUCUACGAAUCAGAUUCUGGUUCAUGGAGUAAAGAGUUGAACUUAGUGAAGAAGAACGAUGGAGAUGAGUACAAUGAUGACAAUGAUAGUGGAACAGUCUAUUUUCUCAGCAAGACAGGACACGUGGUUGUAGCCAGUAACAAUCUCCAGAGAAGUCCCUCUAAGCAAUACUCUUCUGUUAUAACAGUUAAAGACAAUGCAGAAACCGUCUACUUCCUCAGCUCUCACGGAACCAUCAUAGCUUGUGAUCUCACCAACAAAUGCUACACCGAGCUACCUAAGCUUCUUCCUCCGUUUCUUGAGUACUCCAUCGACUUGGUGGAAUGCAAUGGAACCAUGUUUGUGGUUCUCCUCUCUGAGUUCUACGAAAGCGCCAGCUUGAGGAUAUGGAAGCUGGAGAACCAGAGCUGGGUUCAUGUUGCGAUGUUGCCUCCUGCAAUGUCUCAUGAGCUGUACGGGAGAGAAGGAGACAUAAACUGUGUAGGAGGAGCUGAUGACAAGAUACUUGUGUGCUUCAACACGAGUCCUCCUGAGGUGUAUUGUAGAUACUUUGUGUAUGACUUAGUUGCACAAGAGUGGAGUGAGUUGCCAAAAUGCUUCAAGGAUGGAGAAGCUGUGGAGUUCGUUUCUGCUCUCUCGUUCCAGCCGCGGAUCGAAGCAACAGUUUGAAGUUUGAUUAGGCUUAAGUGAUUUGUUUUUGUAUUCUUUUCAGGAUAAUGCAAUGUAACAAGUAUUAAAUUAGUACAUGAAUGAUUUGUAGUA